GCGCAAGCCGUCUCCGAGCCUCCGCCCUGCCGGCCGCGCCGUCGCGCCGCUGAGCCGUCUCCGCAGCGGAUCUGGGACAGGGGCGGCCCCCGCGCCGCGCCAUACAGCGGCCGCUCCCUCUUGCAGGCGGCCAGCCGCGGCGCGGCGGUGGACGGAGGAACGGAUGCCGCUACUGGCAGCAGAGCGUGAAGCCGAUGACGAGGGGCUGCUCCAAACAGGCGUCCCGGAGCCGAGGUGGCAGCAGGCUGCGCCGCAGCCGCGCAGGUGGCCGCGGCUGUCCUGCGCCGCGCUGUGGGGCGCAGCGGUGCUGCUGGCAGCGGGCUGUGCCUCCGCGGGCGCCCUCCGCCGCGGCCGCCCGCCCAGGACGCAGGCCCUGGACCCGCUGCGGUUGGAGGAGGGCGGCGACGAUGCCGUUCAGCUGCGGAGCGCGAACGGGUCCGCGGUGGCCACGCACGGGGGCGCUGCCGGACUCCAGAGGACACCGGAGGAGAGGCUCGACGCGAUGCGGCUGGCCCGCAAGGAGCUCGUGCAGGCUGGCGUGCCCCAGAGCGUCGUCAUCGCCCCCCUCGACGAGAGCAUCGCGCAGCUGCGCGCCAGCAUCGAAGAGCUCCAGGGCGCCGCGCCGCUGCCCAGUCCAGGCGGAGGCCGGGCCUCGGCCGCGGCGAAGCCGCAGGGCCAGCGCAGCGGCGACAGCCGGGGCGCUUCGGCGCCGCUCCGCCCGGGCGCCGGCCAGCCUGCUGGCCAGGCGAGGCCGGGCAACCGCAGCGGCGGCGGCAGGAGCGAGCCGCGCCGCGAGGAGGAUGCGCGCUCCUCCGCGGCCGGAAUCUGGGACGCCGCCGUCCUGAGGAACUCUUCUGACGGGGGGAGGCCGCACGGCAGCUCGGGCGCCCCCGCGGGCAAGGAGGCGCCCGGCGGCGGCGGCUCCGACAAGGCGGAGGGCCAUGCCCCAGACAACUCCUCCGUGGCAAAAGCCAGGGGCUCGGGCCCCCCCGCGGGCAAGGAGGCGCCCGACGGCAGCGGCACCCACCAGGUGGGUGCCGCCGUCCUUGGCAAUUCUUCCAGGGGAGGCAGGGACGCACACACACCCGUGGGUCACGAGGCGGCCGGCGGCAAUGGCACCGACCAGGUCGACUGUAGUUCGUGCGGCUGGUAUCGCGUGCUGACUGACACCGUCGCUCGCGAGGGACGCUCCUUGCAGUCCCCACUGGUGGAAGUCAUCGCGGCGCACACCCUGAUUCGAGUGACGCGGCGCGAGGGGCGGCGCGUGCAAAUCGACGUGCCGAUCAUGGCGUGGAUGUCCCUGAGGACCGAGGAGGGCCUGCAGAUCCUGAGGCGGGAGGACAGUGCCAGCGAUGCCGAGAAGCAGGCCGCUCGCCCAGUCAGGCUGCCAAACGGCACCAUCGACCUCGGCAACAUUACGAAGAGCCUGGAGCGACUCCGCCGGGAGGGGAUGAAGGAGGUGGGCCAGAAGCUCACCGACAAGGGACUCCAAGGAGCGGCGGUCGGAGAGAAGAAGCUCGUGCAUGCCGUGUACGGCAUCGACGAGGGCAGGUUGGCGCGCGCCGGCGAGCGCUUCCAGAGCGCGGAGCGCUCGGCGGAGUCGUCCUUGAAGGAUGCCGCCUCAACGGCGGAGCAGGCGCUCUCGACGCCCGAUCCGCUGAAGUUGGUGCGGAGCACGGAGCUGGCACUCGCAGUGGCUGCCAGGAAGGAGGCCGAGAAGGCGCUGCACAUCCCGGAGGCGGAGCUCCCGGGCAACCUGACGGCGAGGCUCCCGGGCAACCUGACCUCGGCCGAUGCCGAGGCGCAGCUCCCGAAGGGCCUCAAGGUGCCGACCGCGGCGCAGGUGCACGAGGCCUUGGGAACAGGCGGCGACAGCCUCCGGGACGAGGUGAAGAAGCUGUUCCGGUGACGCGCCGUCUGCGGCGACCUGCCGCCCGCGCCUCCUGCUCCGGAGGAGCGGAGGGGGGGGAGAGGAGGGAGGAUAGGAUC